CACGAAGUGCAUCGCCCACGGAAAAGAUACGACCGCGAGACCUGAGAUCUUCUGUUGCCCCCCUGAUAAUACACGAGCUCUCUGGUGACCUGAUAACCGUGCACCCCAUAUCAGCAAUACCGCAACGAUGCCGUCGGAACGCGACUACCAAAUCUCCCCCAUUGUGCAGGAAUCCGUGAUGCACAACACCAAGACCCUAUCAAACUUGCAGAGUCUUUCAGCAUCCCUCUUCGGUGUCGCGGCCGGCAUCCUCGGUCUCGAAUCGUACAGCGGCUUCCUCUUCUACCUCGUUUUCUCCUUCAUUACCGCCGCCUUGUUCUAUGUUCUGCGCAUCGCUCCCGAAUCGACAUCAGCAGGUCUUCCGUUCCUCAGCACGAGCCGCUACUUCAAGGGACCAUUCGACUUCUGGACGAGUGGGCUGCUCGGAGGUCUUUCUGGUUUCAUUCUCACCUGGACAUUGUUCUACGGUUUGGUGAGGGCAUAAUGAGAUACGGAUAGUCAAGGGGGCAUUUCUGGCGUCAGGCGUUGGGGAACCACCAUAUGGGUCUAGUCGCAGAUAUAUAUCAUGGCAGAACCAUAAUCUGAAAAGGAACAUGAUAA